AAUGGGUUACGUCGAGGUCGUCGCGGUGGUGGUCGGCCUGCUGGUGGCGACUCCCGCCUGUCUUGCCGGGCGCUACGAUGAUGACCACUACAGCGUCGAGGCCCAAGGGGGUGACUUUGACUACGACUCCUCGGGGGCCUUCGGAAGCUUCGAGGAGGAGGGCACGUCGUCGUUUGGCAGGCCUUCGUAUCUCCCGACGUAUGGAGGUCACGGAUGGAUCAGGGGCGACUUCGGUGGCUCUUCGGAGUCGAAUAACGAAGGGUUCAGGAGCGACUUCGGUGGUUCUUCGGGGUCGAUUCACGGAGGGAACAGGGGCGACUUCGGUGGCUCUUCGGGGUCGACUCACGAAGGGUUCAGGAGAGACUUCGGUGGCUCUUCGGGGUCCUUCGAAGGUGGUCGUGUGAUUUCCAGGCUUGCGAAGGGGCCGGAAGAGAGGGCGCGGGCGUGUAAGCGUGGGCAGGUGCUCCAAGUGGACGGCACUUGUCAUUACCCUGUCGUGCACAGGAAAGUGUUCGUCUAUGCCGCGCCAGCCACGCCCAAGCCCAACGUCCGCCCGCCCAAGCUCCCAAAACCCGAAGUGCUUCACAACGUCGUGUUCAUCCGCGCGCCGGAGCCUCAAGAGGACCCCGAGCCAAUCGUCAUCCCGCCACCGAGGUCAGACAACGUCGUGUACGUGCUCAACAAACAACAGAAGAAGGAGCAGAAGGUGGUGAAGGUGCCCACGCCACCGCAGGAGGCACCUCAGGUCUACUUCAUCAACUACAAGGACGGCCAAGACCUCCUCCGGAAAGGUGCAAGCCUGGGCAUCCUCGGAGAAAGCUCAAGCAGCGAAGGGGACGACUUUAUCAAGGGACUGAGCGGCGGGAGCGGGGAAGGAAAGGUGUCCGAGGAGGAGGACUUCAACGAGCAGCACAAUGUGGGUAAUGGCGGCGGCGAGCAUGACCUGAGGUACUACGGCACCAGCCCCGAGAAGGUGGAGGUCGACGCCGAAGACGGCUCCCGCAGUCUGUUCGUGAAGGCUUAAAGGGGAUGCUACGACCUCCCUUCACCUCCCUCACGCCACAAACAACACAACACAGACUCCACUCUCCACCCCUCCCGACCCUUACCAUUUACACCCCUCCUCCACUACCACCACCCAGUUUCCUCUCCCCCCAACACACAGGCAUUCAUUCUUUUCCACACAGGCCUUUCUCUCCUCCACCUUUACAAAAACCUCCCGCCUGUCAUUUCCACGCGACUCUCCUCUCACUCCACUUCUUGCCGAUCUUUAUCUUAUGCAUACACGCCUUUCUCCUCUCUCACCUCUCCUCUCCUCCGCCUCUCCUACUUCACUUCACAUCUGGCAAUUCUAUAUACACAAAAUACAACGUAAAAUAUAAUAACAAAAAUACGAGGAAACUAAAGACAACGAAUUACUAUCAGAGAGAGACAAAGUGAGAGUGACGUAUACAUGCUUAACUUAUUUUUUAUACAUACUCCUUCCAUGUAUACUCACUCUCCUUUGCUCUCCUUGCUAGAGCUAUCACUGCAGUCCCUAUUUGAUUACUUUUUCCUCCUCCUGAGUCUCCUUCACAUGUCCCCUUUUCUGCAUUUAUUUAUUUAUCGGUCUCGUGGUCAGUAGAUUGCAAGACUAUUUUUUCCCCCGUGUCCUCUUUCCGCCUCCGUCAAUAGGGCACUUGCUCUGUAUGAUGAAAUGCCAGUUAAUAAAGUGUUUCAUCUGUGA